AAUAGUCUUAAAAUAUUGCAAGACUGGGAAGUGACGUCAUCUUCGCGCAUGCGUGGACCGAUCGUGUCUUGACGGUACAGAUUGAGUGACACGGUUCGGGUUUCCUUUUUAUAAAAUAUUAAUAAGAGUUCAAAGCAAUUUAAGCACAAUGGCCAGUCAGAUCCCAAGUUUAGUGGAGCUUGUUUCGGAGGCCAGUAGUUUGUACAAACAGACGUUCCCGGGUGAGACUCCUCAAAUAGCUGCGUGUGCUCCCGGAAGAGUCAACUUGAUCGGGGAACACACGGACUACAACCAAGGAUAUGUACUUCCAAUGGCACUACCGCUGGUGACUGUGGUGGUUGGAAGUCCUUCACCUGGUGAUGAUGCUAUCAUUGUCACGGCGACUGAGCAUGCUGAUGAACCGAGAAGGGUGAACUUCAGUCUGGCAAAUAAAGGACCCACAUUGUCUCCUGGGGCACCAUAUUGGGCAAACUAUGUGAAGGGCGUUAUACAUCAUUACAGGGCUCAACCUCUUCCUGGCUUCAAAGCUGUGGUGGUCAGCAGUGUUCCAUUAGGAGGAGGUCUGUCUAGCUCAGCCUCUCUGGAAGUGGCCUUUUACACAUUCCUGCAGCAACUCAGACCAGAUGAUGGAGACAAAAUAUUGAAAGCAGUAGCAUGUCAACAGGCCGAACACACUCAUGCCGGUGUACCUUGUGGUAUUAUGGAUCAAUUUGUGUCGGUUCUAGGAAAAGAGGGCCAUGCUUUACUUAUUGACUGCAGGUCACUGGAGACCAUUCCUGUCCCCCUAGCAGAUCCAGACCUUGUCAUUCUCAUCACCAACUCCAAUGUCAAACAUUCUUUGGCAAGUAGUGAGUAUGCUGUGCGACGCAGACAGUGUGAGAAGGCUGCCUCCAUCCUAGGAAAAGACAGUCUAAGAGAUGCCUCCUUGAAGGACCUAGAAGGGUUUAGGGAUAAACUGGAUGAUGUGAUUUAUCGAAGAGCUCGUCACGUGAUUGAGGAGAACCACAGAACUGUCAAAGCUGCUGAAUUUUUGAAAAGAGGUGCCUACCAUGAGUUUGGUCAACUCAUGUUGGAAAGCCACAACUCCCUUAGGGAUUUAUAUGAGGUGAGCUGUAAGGACUUGGACGGUUUGGUGUCUGCCGCCAUGGAGGUGAACGGAGUAUUUGGCAGCAGGAUGACCGGCGGAGGAUUUGGAGGCUGCACCGUAACGUUGCUGAAGGCCCAUGUCAUUGACAGAACUAUUCAACAUAUACAGGAGCGAUACCAUGGAACCCCGACUUUCUUUGUCACAACUCCUUCAGAGGGGGCUCGUAACCUCCAACUAUCCUGAAUAUUCUUGAUGCCAUAAUAACAUUCCUUUUACCCGUGUUUAUUUGUAGGUUUUUUACUAUUCAAAUUUGGUGGCGUCGGAGCACAAAAGUAACACUCUACUGUCAACAUUCAAUUAUUUUUAAUACUAAUAAUAACAACACUGUUUUUUUGCUCUCAUCUUUCCCUUUUCACGAUGAACAAAGGGAUGGAAAGAAAAUAAAUAUUCGUAUUUGUCAAUGAUACUGUGUAAAUGUAAUUUUUUCAUGAUUACAAUCGUUUUUUGUUUUUUUUUUACAUUAAUUUGAAUUAAUAUCACAAAUUUUGCGCAUUUCUUGAUCAAAUACAGCGCAGAAACCUAUCAUGAGGCUGCCGAAUUUUCUGCAGUUUGGCUUUCCUUGCUGUAAGCUGAGGGUGAACAUGGCUUACUGGCUGGUCUGCAUGUUACUUAAAUGUUUGCAGAAACAUUUUUACACCACAGCACCCCCCCACCCCCCGAAGCUGAGAGGGACAAGCGGUAGAAAAUGGCUGGACUUUCGAGUUCUAUAAGCAUCUACAAUCUGCGUAAUGUAAGUGUGAUGUCAUUAUUUUUGCUAAUUAGACUAUAAGUGUGGAAACAUCAUACUGGAGGCAAGAGUUGUACGGUAUACCGGUAUUAGUAUAGUACCGCGAUACUAAUGAAUCAUAUUCGGUACUAUACUGCUUCUUAAAAAGUACCGGUCCCCCCCCCUCGUCGUCAGAUCGUGUCAUUGCUGGUUUACGAGCAGACAAGCGUGUUCGGCAGCGCACAAUCACAGAGUACUUACAAGCAGACACAGUGUAUAGACAGAAAAGGGAGAAUGGACACAUUUUGGCUUAAAAACUAAAGAUAAAGGUGAAGUUAUCACACUGAAACGCCCUCAGGAAGAGGUGCUUUAAGACAUGGCUAGCUAGCUAGCGGCUAAAGUCCAUUCGCAGUCUGCAGUGUUUUAGCUACUUCUAAUCACUAAUCCUCGCCUCCAUGGCGACGAAUAAAGUACGUUUCUUACAAGUAUCAUCCCUGCAGGACGAGGAAUAGCUAAACAUGCUUCACUACACACCGUAGCUCACCGGCAUCACAAUGUAAACAAACGCCAUUGGUGGAUCUACACCUAACAUCCACUGUAAUGAUACCAAGUGCAAGAGCGUAGCUAGUCGUUACUACUGUGAUUACAUUGAUAUUUUAUAGCACCACAAAAUCUUCUUUCAUUUAAAAAAAAAAUGUAUAUUAUGUUUAUAAACUCCAGAAAUAUGUCCCUGGACACAUGCGGACUGUGUGAUCCUGUAACUACUUGGUAUCGGAUUGAUACCCAAAUUUGUGGUAUCAUCCAAAACUAAUGUAAAGUAUCAAACAACAGAAGAACAAGUGAUUACUACAUUUUAACAGAAGUGUAGACAGAACAUGUUAAAAGAGAACGUAAUCAGAUAUUAACAGUAAAUGAGCAAACAGAUUAAUAAUUAAUUUUCUACCACUUGUCCUUAAUAAUUUUGACAAAAUAUUAGAAUGGAAAAUGACACAAUAUGUUACUGCAUAUGUCAGCUGCCUAAUUAGGAGCCUUUGUUUGUUUACUAAUAAAAGACAAGUUGUCUUGUAUUUUCACCAUUUUAUUUAAGGACAAACUUGCAAUAAGAAACAAAUGAUUAAUGUAUCGUAAGAUUUUUUUGUUAAA